GAGUUGGUGAUUGGCUGUGAAAAGUGUCGUGAUUUCGAGUUUCCCGCUAGAACCUGCGCGGAGCUUCCAGUUCUCCUGCUUUUGUACCUCUUCCUGUUUGGCAGCAGUUGAUGAAGAUAGAGGAUGUGCACUCUCACCUGCUUUGUGUUUACAUCAGUGAUGUCAGAUCAGGUUGUUUUUAUCCAUGUGUCAGAUGUAGUGUUUUAGCAAGUUUUUCACUUAUUUUUUAUCUUGUCCACAAUCAGGUCAAAUAAUGACUUAUAAUAGCAACUUAAAUUGCAAAGAUAUUUUUUUCAAAUAUACCAACACAUCUUCUUUUUGUGAUUUCCUCAUUGACAAAAUGAUUCAACCCCUUAAAGAUUACCACUCUCAAGACCAGAAGUUUAAUCAGGUGUUUUCAAUCAGGCGUUUAAAAGACCUGUAUUUGUGAACAGAACCAUAAGGAGCAGCAAUUAAGCAGAUUUAAAAGGACUUAGAUACUCAGCUCCUUCCAGACAGUUAAUGGUGUCUUUGCAACAUGGUAAAGUCCAGGGAAUGGUCAAAGAAGUUUUAAAGAGGAGGUGAUUGCUCUUCAUAAGUAAGGAUAUGAAUAGAAAAAGAUUUCAAGAGAAGCAUUCGCAAGUUUAAACCUAAAAGCACAGUGUAAACGGUACCUGGGCUUGGCAGAAAGAGGAUGCUGUUGGUGACAGCUGUCCGUUACCUAAAAACAAAAGGUGGAAGAAAAUCUCCCUCUGACAGCUAAGCAACUGCGACAGGGGGAGGUACUCAGGCUUCAGCCCAGACAAUAAGGUGUACACUGCAAGAUGAAGGCCUCUAUACCAGAACUCCUAGGUGCUCCCCUCUGCUGACUCCAAAGCAUAAGAAGAGUCAGUUCCAGUAUGCCAAAAUCCAUGUGGACAAACCACAAAGGUUUUGGGAUACGGUUCUCUAGAGUGAAGAGAAAAAAAAUUGGAACUCUGGACCUAUGGCUCAGCGAUACGUCUGGAGGAGGAAGAAUGUGGCUUACAUAAAAAAAAAAACACCUUGCCAACCAUGAAGCAUGGUGGUGGGUCAGUCAUGCUCUGGGGCUGUUUCACUUCUUCAGUUACAGGGAAUCUCCAACGUAUGGAAGGAUCCAUAAAUUCAGUUAACUACCAGGAGAUCUUGGGUGGAAAUAUCAUUCAGUCAUUGACAAAGCUGAAGAUUGGGUGACGUUGGACCCUCCAACAGCACAGUAAUCCCAAGCAUACCUCCAAAUCUACCAUGGCUUGGUUGCAGAAGAAGGGCUAGAAAAUUGUAGAGUGGCCACCUCAAUCACCCGACUUAAAUCUCAUAGAAACGUCAUAGUCCACCAUCUGAAAUGUCCUGCCAAACAGCGAGUUGUGGGCAGCAUCCUGUGGGCAGUGUCCUGUGCCCACUCAUGAAGGGCUAAACGAUGACCAACACAAACUGUGCAGCAACAAAUGAGCCUCUGUCUCUAACUUUACAUCUACAAGAUGGAGCAGCUAGGUAUGAGUAUGUAAAAAGGUGAACAGUGAGUGAGCACAGUGUUUAAAAACUCCAGCAGCACAGCUGUGUCUGAAACACUCAUAGGUUUAGUGUUCAAUCGACACUCUUUAACACAUUUAAUUUACUGUGUAUAACAUAAGAGCAUUUUUAAAAUGUAGGCCUAACUAUAAAUAAAACAAAAAAAGUUAAUUACAGCAGUAUUGGUUAAUAUGCAUAGAAAGGUCAAACUAGCUGUAAGUAAUGUCUAAAUCCUGUGAAUAAAACAAUGCUUUACAAUUCAACAGCUGUCCGCCAUGAAUCUGGAUGAAAAUGAGGGUCUGAACGAGGUCCGUCUUGCAGUUUACCGUGCUGCCCUGAAGCUUCGCUCCCUACAGAAACUAUGUCAGAUGCACUUGGUCUCGAUCCGGGACCUGAGGCCGGUUCUCGAUGCUGUCCGUGGUUCGGGGGAGCCCACAGUGAGUCUCUCCCAGCAGAACCUAAUGCAUAGUCUGGAGCAGCUCUUCCAGGAUGUCCUUCAGGAAGUACCUGAGCAGGCAGUUACAGAGGCUGCUGAACAAACCACCAGACUCCUCUUCAAACUGUACGACAGGGAGGAGACUGGUUCUGUCCUGCUUAGAUGUUUGGAGGCUGCGCUGGUUGUCCUUUCAGGAGACACUCUCUCAGCCAAGCACAGAGCUCUGUUCCAGUUGGCUGUUGGUUGCAGUGGACAGCAGGGUGGUGAGAGCAGCUCAGUCAGCCGCAGUGGCCUCAGAGUACUACUGAACAACCUCAGCCAGGUACCAGCAGUGGUUCAGGAAAGCCAUGUGUUUGGACAUGUGGAGACUGCGGUCCGUUCCUGUUUUAGUGGAGUGAUUUGUGCGAGUUUACAGGAGGAGCAUUUCUUAAACUGGCUGCAGUCAGAACCUCGUCUGCUGCUCUGGCUCUCUACCCUCUACAGGCUCUCCGUCAGUGAGACUGUGCUGCACAGAGUCCGCUGCCACGCCUGCAAGGCCUUCCCCAUCACAGGCCUCAGGUAUCGCUGCUUGAAGUGUUUGAACGUGCACCUGUGCCAAACCUGUUUUCUAACCGAGACACGCACCAGAAAGCACAAACCAUCCCAUCCGGUUCUGGAGUACUGCACUCAGCCCUCAUGGAAGGAGUCAAUGGCAUCAUUGGCAUCCAGUGCCCGCCAUGCCCUUCUGCCGCGCCGCUACACCAGGAGAGAAGCAGAAAGAAGGAGAGCACUUAGACCUGAGUCCAGCUUAGGACCACUGCACAGUGCUUCUAUGCCAGUGCAGCAGCAGCAUCAGUUAGAUGAGCCUGGAGGUUUUCUUCCUCGUCCUGAUUCUACUUCUUCUCCUCCUUCUCAUCAUCAUCCUCCUCCUCUGCAGAUGGGAGUGGAGUCUAAAGCUCUGCAGACAGACGAACCCGACACACACCUUCAGAGGAAAACAUCACUUCUACAGAAAGACCUGAGCACCACCCAGAAGGCCAUGCAGGACCUGCAAAGAGAUAAGUGGCUGCUAGAGAGGGAGUUUCAGGUGUGGAAAGUUGCGGCGCAGUCAGAGCACGACUGUCUGGAGGACCGGUGUGCUGAGCUGGAGACCACCAUGGAGGCAUUGAACCAUCACAACCAGCACCUAGAGGAGGAACUGGAGCGAAUUCGACAUACAUUGACUCUGAACCGAAAAGAAGCUUUCUGCAGUGAAACUCAACAACACUUCCACAAUCCUAACAAUAAGCAGCAGAACGGAGACGACACUAGUAAGAAACAGAGGACGAUAUCUGAGAGUUCCGACUCCCACACUGACUCCAUCACUGAGGAGGGUGAACCAGAACAAGAGGAAGAGAAGGAGAGGGAAGAGAUGAUGGUGGAGGAAGAGGAAGAGAAGAAGAGAAUAGAGGACAAUGAGACGCUUCCUGAGGAUCAGGAUAAAGCUCACAUAGAUUUAGGUCUUCAAAAAGAGGAGGAGCCUGAAGGAGAAACAUUACAGGAAUUCAAGGAGAAGGUGGAGCUGGAGGAGGAGGAGCUUACUAUCGAAGAUCCACCCUCAGACAGUUCCACUCAUGAGGAGCCUGAGAUGGAAAGCUCAAAUGAGGAAGACGAAGGCGAGGAAGAGGAGGAGCUAUGUGACUUGGUGCAGAGACUUAAGGGUGCACUCCUGCGAGCCACGCCCACAGGAUCUGGUGCUCAUCAGAGAGAAGUGCUGUUGCAGGCGGCGGGAGUUGUCGGAGAUUCUGUAUCUCACCUUGUUAAUUCUGUCAGAUCCCUCACCUAAUCAGAAAAGGUACCUGACCAACCUAAAUCCAAAAGAGCUGUGGACUCAAGUCACAUUUUAUUAUGGUAGAAUUGCAUUCCCCCACUACAGUCAGGAGCUGCAGUAUGGACUUUUAGGCCCCAUUAAAGAAUUCACACAUGCAUGUAGACUGAUGCAACAGGGUAAAAUUACAGGUGUGUUGUCCGGCCCUGCUCACUUAAUAAAAGCUUCUCCUGGACUAGCAAUAUUAAACACUGACAUGCCAAAAGUAAUGGGAUAGCUAUGUGUUGUGUGUACUGACAAUAUGCUACAUGAGACAUUACCACCCACAGUGGACAAUUAUCCAUGUGAAGUGACAAUAGUGACAACAGAAGUGACAAGAGACAGUAGUACCUGUCUCAUGAUAUUUGGCAUGCCAGUGUAACAUGUUUAUACUUCCAAAACAGCAAAACAAGGAAACAAUUUGUUUUGUCUUAACUUCUUUAUUGUUUUGUAAAUGUUUCCAUGGGAAAAUGAGAUAAAUGUAAAAGGAGGUGGGCUUGUGGAGAUAAGAAUGGACAUCAAGUGGCCUACACCAGUGAAGAGAACCUCUGAAAUCUUUCCCAAUUGGAUAAUUCCAAAGUAAAACCCCCUCCCAUCAAUGGCACUGGGCAGGUCCAUAGCCUAGAACUGGUAACAUUUCGCUUCCCCGCAGACAUGACUAUGAAAACAAAGAUUUGAAAAAAGUUCUGAAGCUGUUUUUUUUUACCCCCCGCCCUGCCUCCCCUGGAAACAUUCAUUUAAAGUAAUUUGAAGUUUAUUCAAAAAAGACCAACAUAGUCAUCUUUAGCCAAGCAUAUAAAAGACUGCCUAAUGGUAGCGUGAUCGAGUCGGUUGUGCAGUUGUUAUCAAUUUCGCUAUGGUUAGCGAUCCAUAGGGUCUGUGAGACUUUCCCCUUUGCAUAGUAAGUAAAAGUUAACCUCUGUUUUUUUUUUUUUCUCCGUUGACAUGCAAUUUACCUUAAGAAGCGUGGCGGGCUGUGUGGGCUCCGCCCCAGUGCAAUUACAUCAUGCAGCUUUCGGAUUAGCUGAAAGAACAUUCCGCACGGGGCAGUCCUACAAGGCCGUAUAGGAAACUUAUAAGAACGGGGAA